UUCGUGGAACUACGUCACUGAUGGUUAUAUAGGCUGCAGCUGUGGCGACGGGCUCGCGCUGCUGAGACAAGCAGAGCACUGAGGACCGGCAGGCGCGCGUUCACACUCACGCUCCCCCAAACAAAGAGAAGCACGCGAGGCAGCAGAGCAUCCCACCCUUUCGGCCCACUUGCAGAAGCGUCCCCCCAACCCCCACCCCGCUCAUUCCUCCAACGCAGAACCAGUCCGAACCGAAGCCCCGACCAUGACAACCAACGGCUCAACUAACGGAACCAGCGACAUGCUGCAGAUCCAGUUUGGUCUCAUCAACUGCGGGAACAAAUACCUCACCGCAGAGAUGUUUGGCUUUAAAAUUAACGCCUCGGCCACCAGCAUGAAGAAGAAGCAGAUCUGGACCCUGGAACAGAGUGGGGACGACUCUAAUGCCAAUGUGUUCUUCCUCAAGUCCCAUCUGGGCCGGUACAUCGCAGCCGACAAGGACGGGAACGUCACCGGGGACAGCGAGACCCCCGGCCCAGAGUGCCGGUUCGUCAUCACCGCCCACGACGACGGCCGCUGGUCCCUGCAGUCCGAGCAGUACGGCCGGUACCUAGGCGGAACCGAGGACCGGAUCAUCUGCUUCGCUCAGACCGUGUCCGUGGCAGAGAAAUGGAGCGUGCACAUCGCCAUGCACCCGCAGGUGAACAUCUUCAGCAUGACGCGCAAGCGCUACGCGCACCUGAGCGACAAGGUGGACGAGAUCGCCAUCGACCGGGACGUCCCGUGGGGGGUGGACUCCAUGAUCACGCUGGUGUUCCGGGACCAGCGGUACCACCUGCAGACCUCCGACAACCGCUUCCUGAGAAACGAUGGAGCGCUGGUCGCUACCGCGGACAAGAGCACGGGCUACACGCUGGAGUUCCGCUCCGGGAAGGUGGCCUUCAGGGACUGCAGCGGCAAGUACCUGGCCCCCUCUGGGCCCUCCGGAACCAUGAAGUCCGGCAAGAGUGCGCGGGUGGGGAAGGAUGAGCUGUUCGUGCUGGAGCAGAGCCACCCACAGGUCGUGCUCACCGCUGGAAACGAGAGGAACGUCUCCACCAGGCAAGGCAUGGACCUGUCAGCCAAUCAGGACGAAGAAAGUGACCAGGAGGUGUUCCAGGUGGAGAUCUGCCGUGAAAACAGGAAGUGUGCGUUCCGGACCGCAGCUGGAAAGUACUGGACCCUCACUGCUAAUGGGGGCCUGCAGUGUACCGCCUCUAGCAAGUCCACUAACUGCUACUUUGACAUCGAGUGGCGUGGGAAGCGUUUGACUCUCCGUGCAGCCAACGGGAAAUACGUGGCGGCCAAGAAAAACGGACAACUCGCAGCCACCAUGGACUCUGCAGGAGAGCCUGAGGAGUUUAUCAUGAAGCUGAUCAACCGUCCGAUCAUUGUUCUGCGUGGAGAGCACGGCUUCAUCGGCUGCAGGAAGGUGACCGGAACGCUGGACUCCAACCGCUCUUCCUACGACUACUUCACUUUGGAGUUCAGAGAUGGAGCUUACAGUCUGCAAGAUUCGACUGGAAAGUACUGGAUGGUGGGGACCGAACAGUCCGUAGUGAGCAGCAGCGACACUCCUGUCGAUUUCUUCUUCGAGUUCUGUGACUACAACAAGCUGGCUGUUCGCCACGCCGCCGACGGGAAGUACCUCCGUGGGGACCACGCUGGCGUGCUGAAGGCCAACGCUGACGACUUGGAAACCGCCACGCUGUGGGAGUACUGAGGGAAGCAACAAGGAUGCAGUCCGACCCCCUUCAACACCCCAGAUCUACCUGUCCCCGUACUCCCUGCCCCCCCAUAUUAAAUCUUGUCCAUUUUGACUUUAUAUGUUGACAAACUGCACAAAGAGAUCAGCAAGGAUUGAAGGAAUGAGACGUUCCUCUAUCCCUCCCUUUCCUUCCUUUUUUCAACCUCCUUUGUCAGCUCUGCCCUUCAUUGCCAUCCUACAUCUGUUGCCAUAGUUACCAUAGGGCUCUGCACUUUUCCUGCUUCAAUCUGUCUUGUUGCACGACUUAUGCUACCUGAGCAGUGCCACAUUGAAACAGCCCUCUUCCCCUCCGAGCGAAGCUCCACGUUUCUGUUUGCGCUGUUGACGAGCAGAAAGAGCUGGUUGUGUUUAUGGCAUCUGAACUGAACUGGUGGAGCUUUCUCUACUCGAUCUGAGCUCCAAAUGCAGACUUGCUAGGUUCAAGUAAUUGAGGUCUGUUUUUGUGAAGAUGGAUCUAGGAGAAGCUGUUUCUGCCUCCAUCAGUCUAGAUUCAGUGUUUGUUUAUAAGAGCAGGCGUCGUCGCCCCUGACUUAAAAAUGACGAGUGGAGCUGAUGGUGAUGAUGUAACAGAUGGGAAGAAGCCCCGCUCCUUUCAUCUCAAGUGUAUGAUAUUUAGAUGUAAGACUGUGUUGCUCUCUAGCUGUAUUAUCAUUGGUUGGUGAGGAGUCAGAAGUCGGAGAUCUUAGCUGGUUGUUGGAAAAUUAAAACCUCUGGAAGCUGUAGUCAGAAACAGUAUAAAAGGUAAACUGUGCAGAUACACAUAUUGUAUGUUUACUGCACUCUUGCACAGUUGGAUUCAUUUCUUGCUCCAAGUUCAAGGCACAGACAUUAUCAUGGCAAAGUGUACAGCGGGUAGAUAGAGUAAAUGUAGUGAAACCAUUAAUAGAUGCCUAGAAAGCUGCUUUUGUUUUGAUUCCCUCGACCAAACGUACAUCUGAGCCUUUAUGCCGACCAAACUUCGAUACCGGGUAGACGAACCUUUCAUCAAGCUGUUAAACUGAAAUCUGGUGCUACCAACAUGUUCAUCUUUCAUGGUGAUCUAUCCACAUCAUCUCAGCUCCAUAUGAGAGCCUUAUUGCCCUGUUACCAAAAUCUGUUUGCUCCGUUUUCUUUUUUUUCCAGUUCUUAACAUCUCAGUUGUUAUGUAAACAAAAAAAAUGUCCAUUGUCUUUUUGUAGUUUAGUCCUGUAGCAUAAGGCACUCGUGGGAUCCUUUCAGUCUUUGCCAACAGAAAUGGUAUCCAUCCAAUUUUUCACAAUCCUACAGAGAUAUUAAAAUCCGUUCAAACGACCAAUCACUGCAGUCCUAUGAAAUGAUGCAUGAUUGUAUCACAUUUCUUCUGAUGUUUUAAGUGUUUUUAUGAAAGGCUUUGAAAUCUCAUGCGGGAGGGGAAAAAGUUCUCCGAGAAGCCUCCGGCAAACUGGGUGUUGGGAAGGUAAACGUGUGGUAAUGACUGUGCCUUACUCUUGAGUUUUUGAUUUUUGGCCGUAGGGUAAUUGAUUAAAAAAAGAAAAUGAAAGUCCACAUCUUUGCUUUGUAAAACUGGAAUUUCCUUUUGUAUUAUUUUGUACAAUUUUUUGGAAUAUUGUGGAGUAAAAUAUCUUGUGCCAUUGGUUCACCUGAAAUCCAGCAACCAAUAAAAACUGGAAUUUGGAACGCAAA